CAUUUGAAAAGCGAAACAAAAACCAAAAACAGUCGCAAAAAGACGUCAUUUCUGUGUAAUUCAUGGCCGAAGCGCACUCCGCCGUCGCCUUUAGUUUUCAGGUCACUCACGACGGACUGCGAAUCAAUUACGACGUCCGCCUCCUUCAGGAGGUGUGGCAGUCGGGGGUGCGGUCGUGGCGUCGACGCAUUGCUCGGUUUAAUAACAAUUUGUCCGCCGGAGUCUUUCCGUCUUCCGUCGAGUUCUUGCUCUUCAUUUGUUCCGCAGUUCUCUUUUCAGACUUAGUUCUUGCAAUUGAUCCCUCUUUUGGCGCCAUUUCUCUCUUGAUUCGAGUCCUCGAAUGUCUUCUUCCGCCGACUUUCGUUCGAUUAUUCGCUUUAAUCUUGUUUUCGGUGUUUCUUUGGAUCGCAAAAGCAUUGUCUUUGAGAUACGCUUUAAAAUGUCUUUUGAUUUACAAGAAAUGGAUUUUCGAGUCACGUGUCAAAAAGCCCUCCCUCCUGACCCGCCUCUGGAUGGUUGGUCUCCGCCUCCUCACUCUGAAGAAGCCGCGUCUGUAUUCAUUCCAGGCCUCCCUUCCGCGUCUGCCUUUACCGCCUUUAGAGCAAACCAUUUGCCGAUAUCUGGAAUCCGUUCGUCCGCUUCAAAGCGACUCUCAAUUCGCCGAAACGACUCGUUUGGCACGUGACUUUGGUCGUGGCGUCGGGAGGCGUUUCCAGCGAUAUCUUUGGUUGAAGGCGUGGUGGGCCUCCAAUUACGUCAGCGAUUGGUGGGAGGAGUUUGUCUAUUUGCGAGGGCGGGCCCCUCUGGUAGUGAAUUCCAACUUUUAUGGAAUCGAUUCGUUGGUGUCUUGUUUGCCGACUCAGAAGCCGUCGGCCAGAGCCGCGAAUCUCGUGUAUUCGGCUCUUGUGUUCCGGAAACUGGUGGAUCGGCAGGAGUUGGCUCCGAUUUUGCUGCAAAAGGCGGUUCCGUUGUGUUCUUCACAAUACGAGAGAAUCUUCAAUACGACGCGAAUUCCCAACAAAAACGUCGAUUUCGUUCUUCAUUCUCGCGAUUCUCCACACAUUGUUGUUCUCAGUUCUGGAAAGUUCUUUAAACUCCAAAUUCACAGAAAAGGAAGACUUCUUCCGCCGCGAGAUCUUCAAACGCUUUUUCAGCGCAUUAUUCAAGACGACUCUCCCGUCACUCCCGAAGAGUCCCGUCUGGCCGCUUUGACGGCUUCGGAUCGCGAUUGUUGGGCCGAAACUCGAUUAAAGCAUUUUUCGCGUGGUUUGAAUCGCGUUUCGUUGUCUGCAAUCGAGAAAAGCGCUUUUGUUGUCGUUCUGGACGACGAAUCACAUGAUUUCCAAACUUCCCAACAAUUGGAUGCGUGGGCGGCGGCUCUUCUUCACGGAAAAGCAAACGAUCGAUGGUUUGACAAAAGCUUUCAAUUAAUUGUCGCAAAAAACGCAAGAGUCGGCUUCAAUGGCGAACACUCGUGGGCAGACGCUCCCAUUCUCGCUCAUCUCUGGGAAUUCAUUCUUCACCACGACUUCCGUGUCCUUCAAUACGAUUCAAACGGCGAUUGUCGUCUCGGACACUCCCACGCAAACGACGCGUCUCCGCCAAUUCGUCUUCAAUGGGAUUUGACUCCUCCUCUUUGUCUGGCCAUUGAUUUGGCCUUCAAAAGCGCUGUUUCGGUGGUAAAAGACGUCGAUUUGCGUCUCUUUUCGCACAAAGAGUUCGGCAAAAGAUUUAUCAAAAGAUGUCACGUGAGUCCCGACGCCUUCAUCCAAAUGGCGCUUCAGUUGGCGUACAGACGAGACCAAGGUCAUCUGUCGUUGACAUACGAGGCGUCAAUGACACGACUGUUCCGCGAAGGACGCACUGAAACCGUUCGUCCGAUUACUAAUCAAAGCAAACGAUUUAUAGAUCAAAUGCUUUCCUCCGAAGUCUGCGAUAAAAACCAAUCGAAAGAACUUCUUCUGAAGGCAUGUCUCAAUCAUCAGCGCCUAUACCAGGAGGCCAUGUGCGGGGGAGGCGUCGAUCGGCAUUUGUUCUGUCUUUACGUCAUUUCUCGCUAUUUAUCAGUCGAUUCUCCGUUUCUGUCGUCUGUUUUGUCCGAACCGUGGCGUUUGUCUACUUCGCAGACGCCUCACGGCCAGGUAGGUCUGGUCGACGCCGACUUUGUUUCGGCCGGCGGAGGUUUCGGUCCGGUCGCAGACGACGGAUACGGAGUUUCUUAUAUCAUUGCCGGCGAAGACAAUAUCUUUUUUCACGUUUCGUCCAAAAUCUCGUGCAAAACAACGGAUUCCAAGAGAUUCUCGAAAAACAUCGAAAAAGCUCUGAAAGACAUUCAAAACAUUUUUAUCUAACUUUUAUUCAAUUAUUUUUCAAUAAAAUCGUUGAGAAUUUUCGCCAAAUCUUUGGCCAAAACUAUAUAUUU